AUGCGAAAUCAUCGUGUUGAUACACAAAAAGUGGCUGAAAAUGUCAAGCUAGAAGUGAUCUACGAAUCCAAUCCCUGCUUUGCAGGCGAAAGCAUACAGGUAUUAAUUAGGUUGCGACACCUAGGAUCAAGUCAGACUCGAGAUCAAUUGAUAGAGGAGAAGUUAGCUAUACAACGGGAACGGGAAGGAAAGGUGAAGGAAGCGGAAGGAGCCACGAGAGCUCCAUGGUCUGUGCAGUCGUUAUGGGGAUCCUUUAAUCGAGAUCAAAGAGCGCAGGAGGAAAAAGAAAAUGCUAGGGUCGCUCGCUUGGAUCGAAGUUUGCAAUUCCACGAUUCCGUAAGCCUCACUUCGUGUUAUGUUCAGAUAUAUGGGCUAUUCCAAUACGAUCCGGAGAUUUUGAACCAAAAAAGCUUCGAGCAUUCAGUUCAUCAUAAGCUGGCAGGAAUGGGCCCUCUCAAAAUUUCCGCUGGUAAGGGUUCAGCUGGCGAAGGCUUUGCGAGUUUGCUUUUCGCUAACCUAGAUGACGUGGCUCGCGAGUCUGUUGCAGAGUCGAGCGUGGAACUCGUCAAAGUGCCUACGUUGCUAGUUCCACAAACGUUAGUCUUUUCAGAGAUUUUACUGGAGCCAGGCCAAACGCGAACUUUCCAAUUCAAGUCGCCUAGGCUACUUCAAGAGUUGACUCCAUCAUACCAGACCUCCAAACAACUAAAAAUACAGUACUUUUUGAAUUUUGGACUGACAGAGAUGAAACAGGACAAAAUUAAUCCAUUUAAUGCAGAUUUUCCGAUACAUUUAUGUCCUUUCAUUGAUACGCUCGGCCGCCAGUUUACCUCCACAUUAGAUGCCGAUAUAAGUAUCAUGACACCCGGGCGCGUAAAAGAGAUCAAAGAUAGUCAGCGCUCGCGACGCAAGUCGAAUUCCUCUCUUCUCCUGAGACGGAAAAGUUCUUUGGUAUCUGUAUCCUCUCUCACCACAAAGAAAGAAGCGGGGCUGGAGUGUAAGAAUUUGUUCAAGAAAUUGGUAGUCGACCAUGCUUCCUCCGCAGAAUUGGCAGAUGGCAUCGAGGGUUUAGUUGACAAAAUGAUGGAAUGCCAGUUUGGUGUCGGUAAUUAUGAUACUUCAGAGGAGGAAGAUGGUGACAUCACGAAAGAUCAGAGUCAAGCUUCUGUGCGAAAAGAUGCGGUCUCAGUGCGGGAUAACUUAAACGUGCUCUUUCGCGACUUGCCAGAUAUGCUACACUCAGACGAAAAGACAGAUAAUGAACACCCGUCCGAGAGCGCUGAUCUUUUACCUCAGUUAAAAAAUUUACAGAAGGAAUACAUCAUAAACCGAAAUGGAGUUUUUGUUGCCAAAGUGGCUCUUUCAAGUCCUUUUUACACAACUUCAGACGACUUGGACUUCACAAUUCAUCUUAAUACGGAAGAAACUCACAAAAUCUCUGCUGUAACAGCAUCUUUGAAAUCGUUUGAGCUAGUGAACCCGAAAUUCUCCACAGAGACGUCUUUGAGCAAUACCAAACAACAGGGCAAGACAAUGGAUGAAUGUCGAGCCAUAUGUUUUGAGGAUACCACUACAAUACACAUGAAACUAUUACCACAGAAAUCCCCGAAUAAUCAAAUGACAAGCCAAUUCAAGACUGAUAUAUUUCAAUUUAAGUGGAUGCUUUGCUUAAGAUUUGUGCUUAUAGAUAGGCUUGAAAACAAGGAGCUUCUAGAGGUAUUUUAUGAGGACAAAAACGGAUCAUUGUUGCACGCGAAGCAAUCUUUAGACGGGGAAGAAUUUGUCUGUCAUCUUCCUUUAACAAUACUGCCCACCGCGAAGAAUUUUGCCGGCUGGUGA